AGAAGGUGAGAGGAGCUUGGCGAUUGGUGACCCAAGGCAGGCAGAAACGAGACAGGACAAGACCUGGACAGAGACAGGGUGUGAAAUGGCAAGGGAAAAUAAGAUGGAAACAGAGAUUCAGGGGGCUCCAAGGGCUUUGUGGGGUGAGGGGCAGGAAGGGGGCAAGUGCUGUCUCCCUGAGAGGCACAGCAGGGUCACUCACCCCUGUAGUGGUGGAUGCCGCUGAGCUCACUGAGAGGCAUUAGGGCUCUGGGGUCUGGGAGGUAGGCAGGGAAUCAGGAGCGAGGCCUGGGCUGGAGCUGGAGCAUGGGCUGGUACCAGCAUCCCAGAGGGCCUGGGAAGGGACAUAGCAUUGAGGACCAGGAGAGCUGAUGGGAUUCAGAGCAGUGCACGUCAUGGGGCAAAACCUAGACCAGGUAAUUGGUCUGAGCUGUGAAUAUGCUGGGAGGUGUGUGUGUGUGUGUGUGUGUGUGUGUGUGUGUGUGUGCUCCAAAAUGAAAGACAGUAGGUGGUUGCCUCUUUAAGUAACCUCUGGGAAGGGGAUCUAGAACCCUGCUACCUCACAGAGCCCCAGUCUCCCUCCCAGCCCACGGGGUUCUGUCCAAGAAGACCCCCUGGGAGCUAGGCAUGUGUCACUCAGAUGCCUCCCCAGAAUGGGGGUGAAGCGGUGCCUGCAGUUCGGUGGCACCCUCCUGGGCUGCCUUACCAACAUCUUCUCCAUCCUCUCCACCACCACCAACUACUGGAUCCGCUACCCUGGGGGCCACAGUGGUCUGUGGCACAAGUGUGACAACGUCACCUGCACCAACCUGGGCUGCGAGACCUCACUGGCGGUGACCGGAGCGUGCAUGGUGCUAGCGGCCUCAUCCGGCAUGGUGGGCUUGCUCUUCGGGCUGCGGAUUCUGUGUUGCGAGGGCGAGGGUGCCGGGCAGAAGACACGAAUCAUCUUCUUACUUUGCAGUCUGCUGCUGCUGAUCGCCUUGAUAGGCUACACGGUGAAGAAUACGUGGAAAAAGGAUGUUUUCUUCUCCUGGUCCUAUUUUGCGGGGUGGCUGGCUUUUCCCUUCGCUUUUCUCGCGGGCAUCUGCUUUCUGAUGGCGGACAUGAUCAUCCAGAGCACCGACGCCAUCAGUGGGUUCCCCGUGUGCCUGUGACCGCAGGCUGCCUGGAGCAGAAUAAAAGAACUGACCUCCAC